AUGGUUCAGGCGGCCUGUAACGGCUCUUCUCCGAAACCAUGCGAGUCAACCCUACCGUGUAAGGAGGAAACCGGAUGGAGGAGGGUUAUUCGCAACUUCACGCCUUCAUGGUUUGCAGUCAAUAUGGGCACUGGUAUCGUGUCCAUACUACUACAUAACCUUCCAUAUAAUGCGAUAUGGCUCCAGUAUAUAUCGUAUAUAUUCUUUGGGCUCAAUGUCGUUCUCUUCACUGUGUUUACUGCCUUGUCCAUCGCUCGAUACACUUUGUACCCAACCAUCUGGUCUGCCAUGAUCUCACAUCCUGGCCAGUCUCUGUUCCUUGGCUGCUUCCCUAUGGGACUUGCGACUAUCAUAAAUAUGAUGGUGUUCAGCUGUAAGCACUGGGGUGACUGGGUUAUCUAUCUAGCCUGGAGCUUAUGGUGGUUCGACGUCUGGAUUUCCGUCGCUACUUGCGUCAGCAUGCCCUUUAUAGUCAUGCACCGCCAUCGUCCUGGCCUCGAAAACAUCACUGCGGCUCUGCUGCUUCCAAUUGUACCGGCUGUCGUUGCAGCCGCAACGGGCGGCAUAGUUGCUGAGGAGCUCGCCAACCACAACCACGCUCUGACGACUAUGAUAGCCUCUUAUGUACUUUGGGGAAUUGGGGAAUCAUUCUCGGCUAUUGUGCUGGCGCUAUACUUCCACCGACUCACGAUCCAUUCCAUCCCACCUAAGGAGGUUAUUGUCAGCGUCUUCCUACCAAUAGGACCUCUUGGACAAGGAGGAUUCGGAAUCCAGCAGCUUGGAAAGGUGGCCAUGCACGUGGUUCCCAAGAGUAAUGCCUUUGGCGAAGUUGCUGUGCGAGCUGGCGAGAUGUUGUAUGUUCUAGGGGUCUUCUUUGGUAUUGUGAUGUGGGGGUUUGCACUCGUGUGGCUGUCCUUCGCACUUAUCAGCAUCGCUAUGAUGCCAAAUGUACCACGCAAUUUGGGAGCUUGGGGUUAUACGUUUCCACUCGGUGUGUUGGCAACGUGCUCCAAUGCUCUAGCGGAGAAUCUUGACAGUGAUUUUUUCAAGGUUGCUACGAUGAUCAUCUCGCUCGCGGUUGUCUUACUAUGGGUUGUUGUUGCGACCCGAACUAUUAAGCUUGCCAUCACAGGAGAAAUGUUUCAUGCGCCUUGUUUGAAGGACCUUCGAGAGAAGUCACAAGCUGCGGGAUCAGAUAGAAGAGUUUAG